AGUUCUGUUGGAGUUUAGUUUUUGUUUUUAAUAGGGUUGUAUUUAGACUUGUAUAGUAGAAAACCAUAGGCAUUCGAGUAUUAAUAAAAAUUUGUGGAAUAAAAUGUUGUGAUUGGUGAAACAAAUAUUGAUAUUGAUAUAGAAUAUCAAAAGGAAAUAUGUCGCUUCCAAACAUCCUGAAGGCUAUUUUCAGCUGCUGUUCUCAUAAGUAAGUACAGUAUUGAUCCAAGAGCCAAAGCAUAUAUUUACAAACGUUACUUCACUGGAUUAGAGAAAUAAUCGCUGGUAAGGAAAUGAACUGGGGCCAAGAUAUAAUCUUUAAAAGAAAGGAAGAGCCAGCCAUCUGAUAGAAAUGUCUGUAUUGAGCAAGAACUUACACCAAAAGUUCCAGAAGACACAGUGAUUUAUAUAACCACCAAAUAAAGAAAAGGAAAAAGAAGUGUGACAGGAAAACCAGCCAUAUUGAUGCCAAUAAGGAGAAAUAUAUAGCUACAUUAAGAGAAGUGGUUGCCAUCCAGUCAGUCUCAGCUUGGCCACAUAAGAGGAAUGAAAUUGUGAAGAUGGUAGCAUGGACUAAGAGCAGGCUUGAGAAGCUUGGGACAGAGGUUGAACUCUGUGAACUUGGCACACAGACUUUGCUGGAUGGGGGACAGCUGCCACUGCCACCUGCUCUUCUGGGAACACUGGGAAAGGAUCCAAAGAAGAAGACAGUUUUGGUGUAUGGACACCUAGAUGUCCAACCAGCAUUAAAAAGUGAUGGUUGGGAUUCUGAACCUUUCGAGAUGACUGAGAGAGAUGGAAAGCUGUUUGGUCGAGGCACAACUGAUGACAAAGGUCCUGUUAUUGGUUGGAUUCAUGCCCUUGAAGCAUUCAAGGCCACUGAUCAUGAGAUACCUGUUAAUGUUAAGUUUGUAUUUGAAGGAAUGGAAGAGUCUGGCAGUGAAGGACUGGAUGAACUACUUGCCAAGAAGCAAAAAACAUUCCUAAGUGAUGUAGAUUAUGUUUGCAUCUCAGAUAAUUACUGGUUGGGUACUAAGAAGCCAUGCCUCACAUAUGGAUUACGUGGUGUUUGCUAUUUUGGAGUUGAAGUUGGAUGUGCCAGCAAAGAUCUUCACAGUGGAUCCUUUGGUGGGAAUGUGCCUGAGGCAGUGACAGACGUAGUUUAUCUCCUUAACACCUUGGUGGACAAGGAUGGCAAGAUUCUUGUGACUGGACUACACGAUGAUGUCACAGAAGUCACACCAAAGGAAACUGCAUUAUAUGACAGCAUAGAGUUUGAUGUGACAGAAUACAAAGCAAGCAUUGGAACUCAGCAGCUGUUGCACAAAGAAGAUAAGGUGAAGUUACUUCAGCAUCGUUGGCGAUUCCCGUCAUUAUCAGUGCAUGGUAUAGAGGGAGCAUUUAGUGAACCAGGCUGUAAAACUGUGAUACCAAGAAAGGUUAUUGGAAAAUUUUCAAUACGUAUUGUUCCAAAUCAGACACCAGAGAAAGUGGAGGAAGUAGUUGUGGCCUAUUUGAACAAGCAGUGGAAAGCGAGAGGCAGUACUAACAAAAUGAAGGCAUAUAUGUAUCAUGGAGGUCGUGCUUGGCUCUCAGAUCCUGAUGGUCCAAACUAUGUGGCAGGCCGCAAAGCAACAAAGCAUGUGUAUGGAGUAGAGCCAGACCUAACCAGAGAAGGUGGUUCAAUUCCUGUCACUCUUACUCUACAGGAAAUGACUGGAAAGAGUGUAAUCCUAUUGCCUGUAGGUGCUGGGGAUGAUGGUGCUCAUUCCCAGAAUGAGAAGAUUGAUAUUCGAAACUACAUUGAAGGGACCAAAUUGCUCGGAGCCUAUCUGUAUGAAAUAGCCCAGCUGUAGAAUUGAAGGUUCUUCUCAUGCAUGUGUAUAUGCAUUCCUUGGUAAAAUCACUAUGGUGCUCUGAAAGUGAUGCUUUGAAUAAUGUAAGCAAGGGAUUUUAAUGGAUGUUUUACAGAUAAUAAAUAAAUAAUUUUAGAUACUUUUCUUUCCCAUUGGAAUGUAUCAGAGUUGUUGUUUGGAACUCCUUAAAACAGACUGAAGAAGCCAGUUUAUGUCUUUUUUAUGAAUGUUAAGAAAUAAUUUUAUAAUGUAAUUUAAUCAGUACAGGGAAAGCUGUUGUACCUGAUGAAAAGGUCUUGUUUUUGUUUAAUCUGUUUUCUAUGUCCUCUGGCAGUAUGCAGACUUUGUCGUUAACUUCAGCCAUAUUCAUUGCAUUUUUUGUAACUCCCUUUCAAGUGUCCCCAGUAUGAUGUGUGCUGAGAGAGCAUAUUCCAGCUGGAUUAAAACAAAAUUUGAUUCCGAAAUGUUAGAAAUGACACCAUAUUACAUAUUGCUUGUUAGUUUUAGAAAGUACUGAUUUAGAAUUGUCUUGUCGUAGUGUAAUGCCUGUUGAGAAUUUAGCAAGAAAUCUUAUCAUUUGUUGUAUAGGCUUUCAUACUGUUAACUUCCCCUCCUUUCUUCCAUAUUCUUUUUCAACUCUGCAUGUUACUGAAUGAUGCAUGAAGGCUGAUGUUUAAUGCCGUGUUCCACAAACAAGCACUCAUACACCCUCUUUUUUUACAUAGAAUAUUAUACUUCAUACAUCCACAUUAACAUAUUGUUUCUAGACCAGUUGCUAAGCAGUGACUCUGUAAAUAGCAGCCGUUGCUUGGUAACACCCGCAACAUACAUGCACACAACAAUAGAAGAAUGAGGUUAUGCAACCAAUUUCUAAGCAAUGGAUCAGUAAGCACGUCUUUUGGAAUCGGUGUUUUCUAUUCGAUCAGAGUAAAGUGGUUAUAAAGAAGUGGUUGAUGAUCCAGCUCAACUCAUGGUUGUCCCAUUUUCCAAAGCAGGAAGCAGAAGUUAUAAUGUUACCGAAACCUGGUAAGGACCCAAAAUUCCCUCAAUCUAUGUCUGAUUAGCCUCUUGUCUAAGCAGGCAAGCAAUUUGAGAAAAUUGUUCUGAAAAUAGUCUAAAGGCACAUUGAAGAAAGAAGCUUACUUAGUGCAAGCAGGUUUGGUUUGUGUGAAUGGUGCAGCACAACACUUGAAUGUAAGAGGCUUAUGGGCCAUAUCAUCUUAAAUUUCAACAGUAACAUUUCUAUGACUGAAGUAGCCUUGGAUAUUGAAAAGGCCUUUGAUACAACAUGGCACUUUAGCUUGCUAUAUAAAUUAUCUACAUUAAAAUUUUUGAUCAAUCUAAUCAAACUUUGUAGCUCUUUUCUUUCUCAGAGAAAAUUCAGAGUUUUAGUCGAAGGUGAAAUGUCUGUGCCAAGGGAUAUAGAAGCAUGGGUGCCCCAAGGUUCUUGUCAGUGCCUCACAUUGUACAACAUAUAUAUAUGUAAUAUAUAUAAAUGAUAUGCCCAAAGCACUUGGUGUCUAUCUAGGUCUCUUUGCUGAUGACACCUGUAUAUAUGCGACAGACUGUAAAGAAGGUUAUAUUCUCAGAAAGCUGCAGCGAAAUCUUCCUGACAUGAUGUCAGUGCUGGAACAUAAAAAUCAAUGAAGAUAAGACAGGCUAUCUACUAUUCUCAUAAACUUAGAUUCCUUGAAGCUUAUCUUGCAUCGAAUGGACAAAAUAUCCUGUUUAUCAGUCAUGUAAAAUAUCUGGGUGUAAUUUUUGAUAAGAGGGUUGCAUGGAGACUGCACAUAGAAAUGAUAGAAGCCAAGGUCUUCAGAACAUUUUUUAGAAUCUAGUCCCUAUUCAAAAGUGAGUGUUUAAGCACCAACAUUAAACUAAUGCUCCAUAAGCCACUGAUCAGAUCAGUAAUGAUAUAUGCUUGCCUCGCCUGGGAUUUAGUGACAGACAUCUGUUUCUUAAAAUUGCAGCACCUACAAACAAGGUUCUCCUCACAGUUGGAAGUUUUCUGAGGUGCACACCAGUCCAUGAUUUGUACACUGCUUUCAAACUUCCAUAUGUGUAUGAUUAUAUAACAAAAUUGUGCAGGCAGCAAGCAGAAGUCAUUGUUAUUAAUAUAGGACAAGGCGAAGCCAGGCAUAGAAAAUAUAAGAGGCUUGAACUUGGCAGUGGUCAGGCUAAUGACCAUUCAAGUGAUGAAGUUGCCAUUAUAGCAUAAGAUAAGUAAGUUGGGCAAGAUCUGCCUUGCAAAGCCUCUACUGACAGAGGACUUGUGUAUAGUGCAGAAGGAAAAAUUUUCAGUAACGUGCUAUGUAUACAAUACAUACACUUGAUAAAAGGCCAAACAUAUUCAUAAAAGACAAACCCAGCUAGAGGAUGUUACAUAAGGACUAUUACCACAAGGGUUCAGUUGAAAAAAAGAACCUCUGGUCAUGGGUUUCAUGGGGCUUGAUGUCAAGACAAACCAAUUGGUGGUAUACCGCCAGUCAUAAAGUAACUGUGACUUCAACAAUCCAGUUCAGCAGAGUGAAAUGACAUGAAGUAGCUGGUUGGUUGGUGAGAGAGUUCGGUUGUCAGUUGGAAGUCAGCCUGUGAAGAGAAGACUAGGAGCUUGGUGUGAAGUGGUCACCAGCUUGGGGUGCAGUUAGUUGAGUUGUCAGUUGACAAGAGUUCUGUAUGGGUGGCUGUGACCAGAGGACCUGAGCAUGGGAAGGUGAAGAAUCCCCACGGUGUUAAAUCUGUAGUCACGAAAUGGUUAGGGGAGAGUAUAAUAGAUUGAGGACACUAUUGUGUGUGUGUCAAUAAUCUGUAAAAUGUAGUUCCGAGUCGUGUAUACAAGUUGUCAAUAAAUUGCAUAUCCAAUCCAUAUUCUGUCUAUAGUCACCCCUAAAUAUGUGACAGUAUUGUCAGAACUUAAAAAA